AUGACUAGCUUAGAGACCAGUCUGGCGCAGUCUAGUCUUCACCCUGCGCCCGCAGCACCUGAGCCUUCGGGGGUCGAGCAUGAACCAAAGCCUAAAGAAUCGCAAGCAGGGUACGAUCCGAUGGACGUGGACCUCGAGGCGAUUCCAGAGGAAGAACCAGAAGAGGAAGAACCCGAGGCAGAACCCGAAGAGGCCCCAGAAGAUGAGCCCGAGGAUGAGCUUGAAGAAGAACCGGUGCAUAUACCCACGUAUGAGCAAUGGCUCGACCCUGAGUUUGUGCCAGAGGAUGAGUCCGAUGAGGAGCCAGUCAAGGAGGAGCGGGUUGAAGUUCCAGCGGAGUCGGCGCCCGUAGCUCAAGAAUCUUCCGGGGCUGAGCACGAACCCGAGCCCAAAGGAUCGCAAGCAGAAGACGACCCGAUGGACAUAGAUUUAGAGCCAAUUCCCGAGGACGAACCAGAGGAGGUAGAGCCCGAGGCAGAACCCGAGAACGAGCCUGACGAGUCUAAAGAGCCUGAGGAGGAUCCAGAGUAUAUACUCCCAUUCGAGCAGUUUAUGGAUCCCAAUUUCGUGCCCGAGGAUAAUUUCUUCGAAGUACCGGCUGAGGAGGAUCAGUUUGAAGUUCCAUCCGAAUCGGGUUCUCUUAGUUUGAUCAUCAGAGCCAUAACGAGACAGUUUUGGACAUUGGUAAUCAGACGCAAGGCACCUACAGUGCCCGACAUUGCCGAAGACUAUGAAAUGUCGAUGGACUCAAAGUGGAGUCGAAUAAAAUUCAUUCUUGAAAUCGUCACCAGAGAUGCAUGA